AACUGAGUCUGACAGCCGGUGAGUGAGAGAGCGCGCGGAGCUGCAGUGUGUUAGUGUGUGUGUGUGAGAGAGAGAGAAACAGAGUGUGAGAGAGAGAGAGAGAGAAACAGAGUGAGAGAGAGAGAGAGACAGAGAGAGAGACAGAGUGUGAGAGAGAGAGAGAGAGAGAGAGAAACAGAGUGAGAGAGAGAGAGACAGAGAGAGAGAGAGAGAGACAGAGAGAGAGAGAGUGAGAGAGACAGAGAGAGAAACAGAGAGAGAGACAGACAGAGUGAAAGAAACCGAGAGACAGAGAGACAGAGAGAGAGAGAGAGAGAGACAGAGAGAGAGAGAGAGAGAGAGAGAGUAUGGAGCACCGGACUCCUGAUAGAGAGACGUGGAGAAGUUAAACGUGUACUCAGAGACAGAGAGAGAGAGAGAGAGAGAGAGAGAGCAGUGGAGGUGUGUACAAUUAGAAACAGGGAAAACACACACACACACACACACACACACACACAUACACACACAGCAGCAGUGUUUAAAGAAUCAGCAGUGUGGGACUGGACUGAGCAGAAACACGGGAUUCCAGCUGAGAGUUUCAGAGAUGCAGACGUUUGUGAAAGGGAAGCGAGUGGGCUACUGGCUCAGCGAGAAGAAGAUCAAGAAGCUGAACUUCCAGGUUUUCGUUGACAUGUGCAGGAAGCGGGGCAUUGAGAUGGUUCAGCUGGAUCUGAGCAGGCCGUUGGAGGAUCAGGGCCCGCUGGACGCCAUCAUCCACAAACUGACGGACCACAUCGUGGAAGCUGAUCAGAACGUCAUCGAGGCUCAGAGACUGGUGCAGAGUGUGCAGGAAUACAUCGACGCUCACCCAGAGACCGUGAUCCUGGAUCCUCUUCCUGGUAUCCGCACGCUGCUCGACCGCUUCAAGUCCUACACACUGAUUCACAAAAUGGAGGAGUGUAUGAAGGAUGAGCGGAUCUGCUCUCCUCCGUUCCUGGUGCUCAGCAGUGGGUGUGGCCCUGACAUGUUAGAGCAGCUCCGUAAGAGAGACAUCACCUUCCCCUUCAUGUGUAAGACUCAGGUAGCACACGGAGUGAACUCUCAUGAGAUGGCCAUCAUCUUCAGUGAGGAAGACCUGAAGGACAUCACACCCCCCUGCGUGGUACAGAGCUUCAUCAACCACAACGCCAUGCUCUACAAGGUGUUCGUGGUGGGCGAGGCAUACAGUGUGGUGGAGAGACCCUCCAUUAGGAACUUCCCCUCUGGACCUACAGACAGAAGAGCGAUAUCCUUUAACAGUCAUCAUGUGUCCAAGCCCGAGUCAUCAUCAGACCUCACCUCUAGGGAGAACCUGGAGGGUCAGUGCAGGACGCCUAGUGAUGAUGUCAUCCAGAAGAUUUCCAGAUGUUUGAGACAGACUCUCGGGGUCUCGCUAUUUGGGAUUGACAUCAUCAUCAACAACCAGACAGGACAGCACGCCGUCAUCGACAUCAACGCCUUUCCAGGUUAUGAAGGAGUCCCGACGUUCUUUGAUGACCUGCUGACUCACCUGACCAGCAUCCUGCAGGGCCAUGCCCCCCUCCGAGCCAAUGGAGUGAGCCCGCUGCCCUGUGGCAUGCUGGGAAACGAGAGCGUUGGAAGGGUGAUGGACAGCGAGGUGAUGAAGAAGGGUCCUCAUCAGACUCUGAACUGCUGCAACGCUGAACUGGGUUCCACCUACCACCAGCACCGGCGUUCUCCGCUCGCAGCCCACACCCCCACCCAGUGACCCUGUUUCACCACUUCCUGAUCACUCGCAUCACUUCCUGUAGUGCCUGUAUACGUGUAAUGACCAAAGAUGUGCUGAUUUUUGUGUUAAAGGUGAAGAAGAAAAGAACAAAUCAACAUCCUUGCCAAGUGAUUUAGCUGCUCUGCUUUUUCAGGAACUGGACUGAAUUUACUGUAACGUGUCUUACGGAUGCUUGAGAAAUCAUUUUUAAAAGAAAGAGGUGGAUAAAAAUGAGGGAAAUGUACAAAUUAAUAAGAGAAACCAGCUGCUUGAGGAGCACCUAGCUCUUUUUCUUCUUUUUUUGCCUAGAUUACAUGUCAGAAUAGAAAAUUGUUUUCACACACUUUCAAAAAUGUGUUAGCUGAAGCGUUGUUUUUGGCAAAAAAAAAAAAAAAACAACAACAAAAAAACAACAAUAAAACAGCUCACGUGAUGCACCUACUGUAACCAUGACAACACUCUCACUAGUAGAGUCGUCCUCGUUAGUAUAGGCUAACUAGCUGCUUAUUAUUAUUGUUACCUGUAAUAAUAAUAAAUAUUAGAUUUCAUUUUCAGUAAUUAUUCUAACUACGUUGAGAAGGAGGCAGCUAGUCAGAGCUUUGUAUUUUGAGACAGGAAGAGACGAGAAGACGAGCUUCCUGUGCAACUGCUGUACAGUUCAAACUUUGGGACAAGUUCCUCUGAGUAACAGUAACUCAUUUUUCCUUAUGUCAUCGCAUCACCUCAUCAUGUAUGUUUGUACAGUCAACAUUUAAAUAAAUGUAAAUAAAAUAGUUAGCAGGCCAAAGAAUGCAACAAACCACUGAGAACAAGAAAACCUUCCGCUAAUGAAAACUAUUACGUUAUGACACGGCUGCUAAUAACAUUUUAUUUAGCUUUAUUUUAACUAGACUGAAACGUUACCUCACAGCACAUAUGCUCAAAUGUACGACUUUUCUGCUUCUUUAGCAGCUGGACCAGGAUCAUACGUCUCCAUGAUCCUCAGAUGUUCCUCACUGUCUCGAUUAAUCUGAUCACAAUCGCUUGCUUUUAGCCAGAAACUUUUAAGAGUCGACUGUUUCGCCGUCGUCUGAUAAACCGCACCAUUGUACAGAGACUGAACUCGGGUUCAGCUGCCUCCAGAUCCACAAACAAGAGGAAAUUUGACCUUUGGAAUUGAGUAAAGUAGUAUCUGACAGGAUAAGAGGAAAUUUUAAUUCUGUAAUUGAAUAAUGUAUCUGGAUUUUCUGUGCAUGUCAGGAGAAAGUUCUGCCUAUAAGACCAAGCAGAGAGUCCGUCCCUGGAACAAACCCUGUGACUAGCGGCGUUAGCAUUAUUUAGCCAACGUGUACUUUGCUAGCUUUUUAAUUUUCUCAGAUAAAAAUGGAUACUAAGGAAAGUUAAAAACCAUUUAGCAAAUGACAUGAAUCUGCUACACCUUAAACCCCUACACCUUAAACCCGUACACAUUAAACCCCUACACCUUAAACUCCUACAUCUUAAACCCUUACACCUUAAACCCCUACACCUUAAACCCGUACACAUUAAACAGCUACACCUUAAACAGCUACACCUUAAACCCCUACACCUUAAACCCCUACACCUUAAACCCCUACACAUUAAACAGCUACACCUUAAACAGCUACACCUUAAACCCCUACACCUUAAACCCCUACACCUUAAACCCCUACACAUUAAACAGCUACACCUUAAACCCCAACACCUUAAACAGCUACACCUUAAACCCUUACACCUUAAACCCUUACACCUUAAACCCCUACACCUUAAACCCCUACACCUUAAACAGCUACACCUUAAACCCCUACACCUUAAACCCCUACACCUUAAACCCCUACACAUUAAACAGCUACACCUUAAACCCCUACACCUUAAACAGCUACACCUUAAACCCUUACACCUUAAACCCCUACACCUUAAACAGCUACACCUUAAACAGCUACACCUUAAACCCCUACACCUUAAACAGCGACUUUUUUUUCCUUCAGCAUAUCGUCUAUGUUAAUUUAAAGAGACAUGCAUUACUGAAUAAAAAUAGAUGUAGAAAAGAUCUUUACUUAAUUUAAAAAUGAUAUGUACUUACAUGUUUAGUUUGAAAUUUGUAUGGCCUUUAAGAGAAUAUUUUUACUGGACUGGAUCAUUUCCUGUGUCCUGCAGGAUCUUAAUUUGCCAGUCACACAGAGUUUUACCGGUCAAAUUUAUAUGUGUGUGUGUGUGUGUGUGUGUGUGUGUUUGUGUGUGUGUUUGUGUAUACUGUAUGUACAAUGUUACAGUGUUCAGUCAUUUAUCUUUACUAAGUGCCCGGUUAAAGUCACCGUGAGUUUAAAUUAGGAUACUAGUUUGUUUACGGUUUAGGCCACUCCCACUUCAGGGUUAAGUCCAGAUACAGAUACGGAUAAUUGAAGCACUUAACAGAUACAGACGUACAACAUGCGUGGCAUUGUGUUACACCCCUAAUAUAUACAAUAUGUAUAUAUUAUAUGAUUAUAUUAUAUAUUAUUAUGAUUAUUAUAUGAAAUAUGAUUGAAAUGAACUCAUUAUGAAUUGAUAAUCAGUUUGCUGAUUUAUUCAGUAACACUCAUCUUCCUCACACUGUCACUUUGUAAUUUGUAUGAAAGAUUUGGGUAAUUGUGUGUGUGUGUGUGUGUGUGUGUGUGUGUGUGUUUGGAGUAGUGUGGACAAUCAGAACCACUACUCACACACUAUCUUUAUUCUUUUACGGCUUUCAAUAUGUAAAUAUGAAAAUAAGGAGAUUUUCACUGAUGGGUUUUAAACACUGGUGUAUAAUUGUGUGUGUGUGUGUGUGUGUGUGUGUGUUAUAUUUGUACAUACUGUACACACUGUGUGUAUUUGUGUAUAUGUUGUUGUGGCACAUUUAAAGAACAGAGGAGACAUUUUGACGUGUCCUAUUGUGUAGAAAUGGAAUGAAACGGGUGUGGAGAAUAAACACUAGAGUUUAACACCA